GUUCAUGUGUCAGGAGCCAAGAAGAAGAGAGAAGAAGUAUCUCUGGGGAUUUGCUCUAAGCACCUAAGACCAUAGCAUCUUUGGUCAGAAAGAAGGUUAUUCAGAGUUCUCAGGAGCUAGCUGGGCUCUCAUACCUCCCCUGUGGCAACUAUGGGCCAUUUUCAACAGGGACAGUGCCAUGGUGACCCAAAUGCCUGAGUGCCACUCACCUCCAAAGAGCAAGGAGUCUGAAAAGUGGCAGUGACAGAAGAGGAGACUCUUGCGGCUGAAGCUGCGGUGCAUGAGGCGGAGGAAGGAGGCUCCUAACUGGUGCCACAUACAUCAGAUGGAUGGUCUCUAGCCUGCUUCCAAACCCGCCCUCGGCUGAGUGCUGGGCAGCACUUCUACAUGAUCCUAUGACGCUUGAUAUGGACGCAGUCCUGUCAGACUUUGUUCGGUCCACGGGGGCAGAACCUGGUCUGGCCAGAGACCUGCUGGAAGGCAAAAACUGGGACCUGACAGCUGCGCUGAGUGACUAUGAGCAGCUCCGACAGGGGCACACAGCCAACCUGCCACAUGUGUUCAAUGAAGGGAGGUGUGCCAAGCAGCCCGAGCGAGAACUGCCCCAGCCUGGGCACAAGGUGGAGCGUCCCUGCCUGCAGAGACAGGACGAGAUUGCUCAAGAGAAGCGCCUUUCCCGGGGGAUUUCCCACGCCAGCUCAGCCAUUGUCUCCCUGGCCCGAUCCCACGUGGCAAAUGAAUGUAACAAUGAGCAGUUCCCACUGGAGAUGCCCAUCUACACCUUCCAGCUGCCGGACCUGAGCGUGUACAGCGAGGACUUCAGGAGCUUUAUCGAGCGGGACCUGAUCGAGCAGGCCACCAUGGUAGCUCUGGAGCAGGCAGGUCGCCUGAACUGGUGGUCUACUGUGUGCACGAGCUGUAAAAGGCUUCUUCCUUUGGCCACGACAGGGGAUGGGAACUGCCUCUUACACGCCGCCUCACUGGGAAUGUGGGGCUUUCACGACCGGGACCUGGUUUUGCGGAAAGCUCUCUACACCAUGAUGAGGACAGGUGCUGAGCGGGAAGCCCUGAAGCGGAGGUGGAGAUGGCAACAGACACAGCAGAACAAGGAGUCAGGGCUGGUGUACACUGAGGAGGAAUGGGAGCGAGAGUGGACAGAGCUGCUAAAACUGGCCUCCAGCGAGCCUCGCACACACUUCAGCAAGAAUGGCAGCGGCACGGGUGGUGGUGUGGACAACUCUGAGGACCCUGUGUAUGAAAGCCUGGAAGAGUUCCAUGUCUUCGUCCUAGCCCACAUACUACGGAGACCCAUUGUGGUGGUGGCAGACACCAUGCUAAGAGACUCCGGUGGCGAAGCGUUUGCACCCAUCCCAUUUGGAGGGAUCUACCUGCCCUUGGAGGUGCCUCCCAACAGGUGCCACUGCUCGCCCCUGGUCCUGGCCUACGAUCAAGCGCACUUCUCAGCCCUUGUGUCUAUGGAACAGAGAGACCAGCAGAGAGAACAAGCCGUCAUCCCCUUGACGGAUUCGGAGCACAAGCUGCUGCCCCUGCACUUUGCGGUGGACCCGGGAAAGGACUGGGAGUGGGGGAAAGACGACAACGACAACGCCCGGCUAGCCCACCUCAUCCUAUCCCUAGAAGCCAAGCUGAACCUUCUACACAGCUACAUGAAUGUGACGUGGAUCCGCAUCCCCUCCGAGACCCGGGCUCCUCUUGCACAGCCAGAGUCUCCAACUGCCUCGGCAGGGGAGGAUGUGCACUCCCUGGCCGAAUCGCUGGACUCGGACCGCGACUCUGUGUGCAGCAACUCCAACAGCAAUAACGGCAAGAACGGUAAGGACAAGGAGAAGGAGAGACAGCGCAAGGACAAGGACAAGACGCGCGCGGACUCCGUGGCCAACAAGCUGGGCAGCUUCAGCAAGACGCUGGGCAUCAAGCUGAAGAAAAACAUGGGCGGGCUGGGCGGCCUGGUGCACGGUAAGAUGGGUCGCGCCAACUCUGCCAACGGCAAGAACGGCGACAGCGCCGAACGCAGCAAGGAGAAGAAGUCCAAGUCGCGCAAAGGCAGUAAAGAGGAAUCGGGGGCGUCAGCUAGCACCUCGCCGUCGGAGAAGACCACGCCGUCGCCCACGGACAAGGCGGCGGGAACGUCGCCGGCCGACAAGGGCAGCGGGCCAAGGGGCGACGCCUGGAAGUACAGCACGGACGUGAAGCUGAGCCUCAACAUCCUGCGCGCCGCCAUGCAGGGCGAGCGCAAGUUCAUCUUCGCCGGCCUGCUGCUCACCAGUCACCGGCACCAGUUCCACGAGGAGAUGAUCGGCUACUACCUGACCAGCGCGCAGGAGCGCUUCAGCGCGGAGCAGGAGCAGCGGCCUGAGUGCGGCCGCGGAGGCCCCGGGCCCGCGCAGCGGCGCUGCCAGCGAGAGAACUGCGCGUUCUACGGGCGCGCCGAGACCGAGCACUUCUGCUCCUACUGCUACCGCGAGGAGCUGCGACGGCGGCGCGAGGCGCGCGCUGCGCGGCCCUGAGCCGCCCAGGACUGCUUUUUUUCCAUCCUGUGGGUCUUUUUUUACUUGCUCUGGUCAGCCGAAGGGCCGGCGCCUCCUCGGUCAGUGCCGUGUACGUGUUUGGUCAAACGUUCCUAAUGGUGCCUGAACCUACACUGAUGCCACUCAGGUAGUAGACGGAUAGGAAACAAGUCAUACUGUUGGAAGUGGGUGUGCUAGCCUAGCAUCUGCCUCGUACCUGUGGAAACUCAAUAGCCAUUGCAAGAGUAUUUUUGUUCCUCUAUACGAGAAAUAAAGAAAAUCGCAGCCCUUUGUUUUUA